ACCAGUUCAGUUUGGAAUUUUUGUGUAUGUUCAAUACGUGUAAGUGAUUUGAAAGUUCGUGUGGGUGUUCGAUUUUUUUACGCGAGUUCUCAUCUUCAUUUUCGUCUUCGAAACAUACAUACGUAUACAGGAAUUCGAUACAUGGUCAACGUAUGCGUCACUGAUGGCUUCCUCAACCCACGACCAGAAAAUUUGACGUUUCCUUUCAUGAAAAUCUACCUAAAUUGUAUUUCCAAAUGAAGAAUGUUUCCUUUAGAAUUAUCAAAUGAAAAAACUGGGAUUCUGCGUCAAUGGGAUAUGAAUAGGAAUUACUCGUAUGGAGCUUGUGAUGCAGCCGAAAAAAAUGUCGGAUCUCAUUUAUCGCCCGAAAAAGCCAGCCCUGAUGCGAUUAUCGAUGGAAAUGCACGACCGAAAAAUUUCGUCAAAAGACUACUCCAAGCUCCGUGCGGUGAUAGCCCCAGAGUACUCAAUUAUAUCACUUUGAUAAUCAGCGCUUUAUUAAUAUGGGCCUUAUUAUACACGUUAUUACAUCACGAAGUGAAGCCAGGAGGACGACUAUUCGCACUGAUAGUUUUAACAAUAUCAAGCUACUUUUGCGGAUGGCUAGUCUCACUGGUGCGAUUACCUCCACUGCUGGGGAUGCUGCUAUGCGGCAUAGCUCUUCGAAAUAUAGGAUUUUUCAAUAUGACAGGCGUUUAUACAGAAAUCGUCGUAACUAUAAGAGAAAUCGCGCUUUCGACUAUCUUAUUAAAGGCUGGCUUGGGUUUGGAUGCAUCUGCGCUAAAAAAGCUCAGUUUCGUCGUGGCUCGUUUGGCAUUCACGCCGUGUUUCACGGAAGCUGCCGGAGCGGCGGUCGCGGCUCACGUGUUAAUGGGAAUGCCUUGGAUGUUGGGAUUGUUACUCGGUUUCGUACUGAGCGCUGUCAGUCCAGCUGUCGUAGUUCCUACUUUAUUAAGUCUCAAAGAGAGAGGAUACGGUGAAAGUAAGGGAAUAUCAACGCUGGUCAUCGCCGCUUCCAGUAUAGACGAUAUAAUAGCUAUUUCCGGAUUCGGCGUUAUUUUAGGAUUAGUGUUUUCAAAAGGUGAUAUAGUAUCCAAUAUCAUACAGGGUCCAGUUGAAGUCGCCAUCGGUAUAGCAGUCGGUUUCGGAUGGGGAUUCGUUGCAGCAUGUUUUCCACAUCGUAACGAGGAACACUUGGUGUUCAAACGUUCAUUUAUGGUGGGUGGAGGUGGACUCGUAUCCGUCCUCGGAAGCAAUAUGAUUGGUUACUCGGGCUCGGGCCCCCUGGCUACCAUCAUUCUCUCAUUCCUCGCCUCAUUAUGCUGGAAAUGGCAAGGCUGGUCGAAUUCAUACAAUCCAGUGGCCGAAGUGUACAGCACAGUGUGGAUCUUCCUUCAACCAUUACUCUUCGGAUUGAUAGGAACGGAAAUUAAGUUUUCAGAUAUCGAUAUGCAGUUGAUUUGGCAAGGACUUGCGGUACUAGGGUUCGGUUUAAUAGUUCGUGUAAUUACGUGCUGUGUAGUACUCAUCGGCGCCAAUUUGAAUUGGAAAGAAGUACUUUUCGUGAAUUUGGCUUGGUUACCAAAAGCCACAGUUCAGGCAGCGCUUGGACCUGUAGCAUUAGAUUUGGCCAAAAGUAAUAAGCGACCCGACGUCGAACCAUGGGCUCAAAAUGUUCUCACCAUCGCCGUUAUUUCUAUUCUAAUAACAGCUCCAAUCGGCGCUGUUGGUAUUUCCCUCGGUGGACCAAGAUUACUCAGUAACGAACCAGUUCCAAAUAAAAAAUACAAAAAAGAUAAACAAAUCGAAGUGGCUGUGGUCGAAGAUCAAAUGUAAAUAAAACCAAGCUUGAAAAUUUUUACCUAUAAGCAUGUUAUAUAGUAGCAUCUAUACUAUGUUCCUAUAUGGCAUAGAAAUGAUUUUUAGUCGUAAUAUACCUAAUUACCAAUACUAUACCGAACCCUACUACAUAAAAAUAAUACCUAUACUUUAUUAAUUACGUGAAUUGUAGUGCAAUAUACCUGUGAUAAUUAGCCCUUUUCUGUGAUUCGACAGUCUAUUUUUCCUCAGAAGGGUUGCCAUUGCCUAUUUAAAAUACGUACUUAGGUAUUGCUUCGAUAAAACAAAAACAAAAAAAAAAAACAAAAACUCUCGAAAUCAGAUUGCAGCAUUGCUUCACAAGUUCACAUACCUACAAGUACAUUAGACACUCCUGCAGUUUCACACUAGUUUCUUCGUACUUGAAUUUCCUUUUCAUUAUUCACAUCGCGGACUACUCAAGUAGGUACCUAUCUAUACCUACUCAUUAAAAUGCAUCGUAGUUAUUUGGAGACAAAAUUAAAUUACCUACCUAUAAAUAAUAAAUUCGUUCAUAAUUUUUCUCAUUUUUCACGACUCAAUUUACUCGUCAGAGUUGGAAAAAAUUUCCAAGAAUAAAAUUUGUAAUUUCGAAAAUUCGCUUCCGAAAACAUUAAUUCCUUCUUCUUUCGUCACUAUACGGAUCAAAUUACUCGUACUUGUAUUUGAAAAAGUAACUUUUAGAUUGCUGCAAAUGAAAGAAUUGUAUCACUUUUUAGCAAGCGUAGCGAAUAAGCGCGAAAACCGUUGAAUUUUAACGCGAGCUGUCAUUCGCAUAAUUUUAAAAGCUAUCGAUUCCAUCGCAUAAGACUGAUACUUUCGGCGCAAGUAAUUAAAUCUUCUAAAACAUUUGAAACUCGAACGUAAUAAACCCCCUGGCCCCUUCUAACCUAAGUCUAACUUUCUGCAACCUUCGACGUAAAGAAUUUCAAGCCAGUCCCUGUAGUACGUACAUUCGAAUAAAUUUGAAGCAUACGUUUCCAAAACGCACUAAGUCCAUUUUCAAAGAUUCUGAGGUUGCAAGGCCAUCUGGCAUAAAGUUGAAGCCCAAAAUGGCUGAUUUUUUGAUAUGUUGUGCCCCAGGGUCUUGGCUACAACAUAUCAAAAAAUCAGCUAAUUUCAGCUAUUUCUACGUUUCCAAAUUGUACUAAGUACCAUGAAUUUCUUAUCAAUAUUUUUUUGGACUUAGUGCGUUUUGGAAACGUAUGCUUCAUUUACUCUCCUUUUCGUCUUAAUGUAGUCCGCAUAUUUUUUUCCAAGAGUAUUCCUUAGGCCCCUUUUAGAUUGGAAUUCUUUCUCUUUUUUUUCUUUCUUUUGUUUUCUAAUCGAAACAUGUGAAGACUGUUAAAUUUAAAUGUUUAAUUUUUAAUUGUUAAAUACACCUUUAAUUAAUGUUUAGGUAAUUUCACGCAGAUCGGAUGCCAUAUUUCACGCUUUUUUAUUGUUAGAAAAUAAAUUAUUCGGUAGUUUUCUUCGUCAUCCUCGUCACGUACCAUCGGCUUUUUUUCUCCAGUCAAAUUAACCCUGCUCGAUAACAAAUUCGCUGUUACCUAUUUAAUUUUUGUACAUUGAGAUCUAUUACUUUUGUUCUAUUUUUUAUUCGUACUUUAGUUCAAAUGUGAUACCAUUAGUUUUUUUUUGUUUUGUUGAAUUUUCAUUAUUUUACUGUAGGGUACACUUAUUACUAUGCAUAUAGUGUGUUUCAAAAGCCCUUCCCCUCCUCCAAACAUUAUUAUGUUUUUGGACUAGAGGAAUAUGGUGCAUAUACCUAGAUACUGAUUUUAACAAUGUUGCAUCAUUGAUUUGCAUCGUGGGGGAAUACUUUCAGCGAUGUUAUAGUCCGGCAUAUGACAAUAGGAGUAAUUGCACCCCCCCCCCGGCCGAUCCACCGGGACAACUUUUUUCUUAAAAGGGACAUCCUAAGGAACAUUUUAAAGCAAACUUUCCAAAAAAAAAGUUGGCCUUACUGACAAAAUGGCGGCCAUUUUGAUUGACAGGUCAGACGAAAUCGUAGAUUUUGCGUUUCAACAUAGGACUUGCACGAAAUUUUUCAAACUUUACAAAGGUAGAUCGAAAGAUCAUCCAGCAAUUUAUCACCUGUCAAAAUUUCAAGUGCUAAAGUGCGUUUUCCGAUUUUUUGUGAAUUUUUGAAAAUUGAAUUUAGGCCAAAAAUGAGGGAAAAAAUCAAAAUUUUACCAAAUUGACCAAGAAAGCUGAAAUUUGGAAUAUACCCGAUUUUCUACAUGCCAAAUCGAUUAGAAACGGUUUUAACCAGUUUUUUGAGAAGUUCUAGAGCCUCCAGCAGAUUUUUAGAACUCGAAAUUCCUACAAAAUUUCAUCAAAUUGGAGUUGUAAAGCUGAAAUUUAUUCUAAAAACUGAUUUCAAUACGUUACGAAGUACUGCACGUGAAUUUCAAGUCGUUUUGGAGCCUCCAGAAACUUUUUGAAAAUUCCUGAAGCCUCCAGCAGAUGUUUGAAACUUUAAAUUUUCACAAAAUUUCAUCAAAUGGAGAUGGAAAGUUUAAAUUUACUCUACACUCCAAUUUUAACAUCCUCUAGAUACGACAUCAGGUAGGUUCAAGUCAUUUUAGAGCUUCCAGCGACUUUUUUGAAAAUAACUGGAGCCUCCAGAAGAUUUACUGAGAUGGAGAGUCGAAAUUCAUUCUGCAAACUAAUUUCAAUACGCUACGAAGUUGACUGCUGAUGGAUUUCAAGUCAUUUUGGAGCCUCCAGCGACUUUUUAAAGGUUGUAUGACGUUUUUUUUUGGAAAAUUGAAAUUUCCUAAAAGUAGCUGAAAGCUUCAAAACAAUUUGAAACCACCAUGUAGUCUGCGAAGUAAAUUUCAGCUUGCCAACUCCAUUUGAUAAAUUAAUGUUGGGGAAAUUUCAAGUUUCAAAAAUCUACUGGAGACUCCAGUAAAUUUCAAAAAAGUCGCUGGAGGCUCUAAAAUGACUUGAACCCACCUGAAGUCGUCUUCAGAGGGUGUUAAAAUUGGAGUGUAGAGUAAAUUUCAGCUUUCCAUCUCCAUUUGAUGAAAUUUUGGGGAAAAUUAAAGUUUCAAAAAUCUGCUGGAGGCUCCAAUAAUUUUCAAAAAAGUCGCUGGAGGCCCUAAAAUGACUUGAACCUACCUGAAGUCGUCUUCAGAGGGUGUUAAAAUAGGAGUGUAGUGUAAAUUUCAGCUUUCCAUCUCCAUUUGAUAAAAUUUUUUGAAAAUUUAAAAUUUCAAAAAUCUGCUGGAGGCUUUAGAAAUUCUCGAAAAGUUGCUGGAGGCUCCAAAACUACUUGAAAUUCACCUGCAGUACUUCGUAGCGUAUUGAAAUUAGUUUGUAGAAUGAAUUUAAGCUUAACAACUACAAUUUUAUGGAAUUUUGUGGGAAUUUCGAAUUUCAAAAAUCUGCUGGAGGCUCCAGAACUGCUCAAAACGUGUUGAAACCGUUUUCAAUCGAUUUGGCAUGUCGAAAAUAGGGUUUAUCCCAAAUUUCAGUUUUCUUGGUCACUUUGGUAAAAUUUUGAUUUUUUCCCUCAUUUUUGGCCAAAAUUCGGUUUUCAAAAAUUCACCAAAAAAUCGAAAAACGCACUUUAGCACUUGAAAUUUUGACAGGUGAUAAAUUGUUGGAUGAUCUUUCGAUCUACCUUUGUACAGCUUGAAAAAUUUCGUGCAAGUCCUAUGUUGAAACGCAAAAUCUACGAUUUCGGCUGACCUGUCAAUCAAAAUGGCCGCCAUUUUGUAAGUAAGGCCAACUUUUUUUUGGGCAAGUUUGCUUUAAUAUGUUCCUUAGGAUGUCCCCUUCAGGAAAAAAGUUGUCCCGGACGAUCGGCCGGGGGGGGGGGGUGCAAUUACUCCUAUUGUCAUAUGCUGGACUAUUAUUGCUGAAAAUUAUCCACCCAUAAAAGUGGAGACUAGAGAUCACUUCAGCAUAAGAAUCUAAAAAUUUUGUGGGAAAUACUUUCUCGAAAUACAUUUUAAAAUUAGCCUACCUAUUCUUGGAUCUGAUUUUAAAUUAAAUUUCAUGUGAUUUACUCAUUUUUAAAAAAGAAACAAUUGAAAAAAAAAAAUUAAACUAAAAUGUGUACAUAAACCAAUAUUUUCUCAAUUACAUGUUAGUACAUCAAGUACAAAAACAAUCUCUGAAUUAAAUCUUUCUAACGUGAUUGGUCAAUUAAAAAAAAAAUCGUUGCAAGAGAAUAAUUUUCCACUAUUGGCAAUUCAGUAUUAAUUUAGUUUAGUUUUACUUUAUUUAGAUAAAAAUGUUCGCUCAAAAAAACAUCAUGUUUAUUUUCAUUUUAAAAAAGGCACUUGUUUUUUUUUAUUACCUACUUAUUAUGUAUUUCUUUUUUAAAGUGAAAUUACGAUUACCAUAAUUUAAAAACAAAAAUUUUACCAUUUUUAUUAUAGUUACUUUUUGUUGAUUAAUUUAUUACUAGAUGUUACCUAUAUUUAUUAUAGAGUUGAUUUUUUUUUUAAAAUUUUACUUUGAAAAUUCAUAUUACCUAAUUAUUAUUACCUAUACCAUUUGAGAGAAUUUAUUGUAGUUAUCAAGUACCUAAUAAAUGUGUUUAACUGCUAUUCUGAAUUUAGAUGCGAUUAGUAUACCUUUCAUAUUACGUACGGUUUGGUAUACUCCAUGCUCAAUUAUCUAUACGUAAACGUAUGCAUUAUUUAAUUGAACGUCGUUAUUGUUAAGCCCUCUUCGUAAUAAAUUACGGAAAAUUUCUACAGAAGAGUUGAAAUUUUCGAUAGCUUUUAUAAAAGAGGCGUUAGCAUAUAAUUUUAAGCUAAUUUUGAUUAGAAAUGCAACUCUUUAUCACGCGUUCGACGUGUAAACGUAAUUAAUAAACUGCACUGUUUCAGUUUCCUAUUAAGUAUUACAUAUCUAAUUUCCGUUACAUAUUCUAUUUCUACCUAUCAAGUUUUGUUUAUGGUAUAUUCACAAAAUAAUUGCACUAUUUCACUUCACAACGGGUAAAGAAAAUUCACCAGUUAUUAAGAAAUUAACCUUAAAGGUUAACAAAGUCUUUCUUAUUUUUCUAUUCAAACGGAAUUGGAGUUUAGUUGCAUUAUACAUACUCGUAAAUGCAAAUUCAUCGUACAUUUUCACAUUUCAACAACCCACCAACACAUUUGAUCAUCACGCUGACAUUUUCAUGUUGUAAAUAAUCGCUUAUUUUACAUUUUUUUUCGUUUCACAACACAAAAAGGUACAAAACUACACAUACAGGACUGUACAUAAUCGACAUUACAAUCAACUCACAAGCUUCUCUCAUUCCAUUUCGACAAGCAACUCGACUUUCGGUUUUUGUAUAUUGUACCUACCGAUGUGUAUUUUAAUGUAUGAUAAAUUAUUAAAUUCUCUUCCAACAUGAUUAUGAACUUUCAUCUGCUCAAUUUGGAGCGGUACCUAUUAAUAAUAUUUCGACUGCUGCCAUUAUUGAAAUUCAAUUCAUUAAGCUUUAGACAGCUAAUUCGAUUUGCUGAAGUAGAGAAUUGUUAAUUGUACUACACGUACGUAUUAUGUAUUGUAAUUUCAUUCAAUUUACUUACCAAAUACUUUCUUUUCAAUUUACGGUUGUAAUUUAUUGUAAUAUAUCUAGGAAAUUGUUGUCGUUAUGAAUUUCGACGUAGAAUAUACCUACAAGGUACUAAGAUGUAAUGGAAAUGGUUGUUUCGUAAUACGAAAUUUUCGUUCGUAGUGUAGUCGUAUAUUCUUACGAAGAAUAAAUCAUUAUUAAAUCUGA